AUGCAAAAGAUACUGUUAGGCAAGAGAGAACCAGCGCCUGUCCUCCGAACUGCAUCGUUGAACUACCGUGAUCUGAUCAUUGUGAAUGGACAAUACCCGUGGCCAUUGAAGGACUCCGUUGUGCCACUUGGAGAUGGAGCCUGCGUAGUUCAGGCCGUCGACGCUAAACUCACUCGUUUCCAGGUUGGGGAUCGCGCCACCCCAAUCUUCCAUCAAGGCCAUCUUGCGGGUGCCCCCGACGCAAAAUCAAUCAAUACCGGACUUGGGAGUGGCCUUGGUGAGACUCUCUACCACUAUGGAGGCUUUGAUGAAGAAAGACUUGUAAAGAUUCCUGAAAACCUUAGUUUCACUGAGGGCUACUCUACCAUGCUGGCACCGGGAGAUAUUGUUCUUAUACAAGGCACCGGAAGGGUGAAUCUGUUUGCUUUGCAGUUCGCCAAGGCAUCCGGUGCGAAGGUGGUUGCUACGACAUCAAAGAAGAAGGCUGAUUUCCUCAAACAACUGGGAGCGGACGAAGUGAUAAAUUAUAAAGAAUGCUGCGAGUGGGGAGAAGUUGUGAAAGGCCUUACUCCUAAUAACGGAGUAAUGCAUAUUGUAGAAGUUGUCGGUCCAGCUACAAUUAAAAAGUCCCUUAAAGCGAUCAAAAUAGACGGUGUUAUCUCCAUGGUCGGUUUCGUUGUAGGCUCUCCAGCUCCAGACCAGCCAUCCCUCAUCGACACUCUAUUGCAUGUGUGUUCUGUCCGAGGUAUCGGUGUGGGGUCUAGACUACAGUUUGAAGAAAUGAACCGUGUCAUUGAGGCGAAUAAUAUUCACCUCGUCGUGGAUAAACACAUCUUCAAAUUUGGAGAGAUCUGUGAAGCGUGUCAGUAUCUCUCUGACCAGAAGCAUGUCGGCAAAGUUUUCAUUGAAAUACAAGUGUAA